AUGCCGGCGAGCAGCAUUGAUUCUCGCAUCUACAGCCGCAAUUCCAGAUGGUAUAACAAGUACCGCACCUUCAUCCAUCGCAGUGCUGACAAAAUCCGCUUGACAAAUCAUCCGAUUGUGACCCAACUCAUGGCUGAAACCCUUGCUACCGCAGUUCUCAUCUUCUACGGUGACGGAGCAGUGGCACAGAAAUUCUUCCUUAAUUCCAGGUUCCUUGAGAUUAGUGCCGGAUGGGGUGCUGCAGUGGCAAUAGCGAUUAAGGUGGGAGGAAACAAGGCCUCACCAGCAAUUUUGAAUCCUGCUGUUGCUGUAGCGAACUCCGUCCUUGGUAGCCUACGUUGGUCCCUCCUGAUUCCCUACAUCAUCGUUGAGGUAUUGGGGGCGUUUAUUGGAGCUGCUUUGCUUCUUGGAGUAUACAACACAAAGGUGAUUGAGUAUACUAACGACUUCGAUGGAGGAAACUUCCUCGUCAAUUCCACAGGCGGUAUCUUCGUCGCUGGAAAAAAUUCCAAUUUGGGAACUGCCGUAGUGGAUCAGAUACUCACCACGGCCAUUUUGAUGAUAGGCAUUCUGGCCGUGACGGAUUAUAAGCUGGUUCGCAAGCCAGACUUGUUUAAUCCCGUAUUCGUUGGCAUGGUUGUGUUCCUGGCUGUUGGGACCUACACCGCAAACGCCAGCUCCGCCCUCAAUCCCGCUCGUGAUCUUGGCCCUCGCAUCCUUCUACUGGCUACUCAUUGGGGGACUUCGGCGUUCACAAUUGACAACUACUACUUCUGGGUGCCGGCUCUCAUGCCCAUCGUUGGGGCUGUUCUCGGAGCUAUCAUCUACGAGGCUGUGGUCGGAAUCCACCUGCCCGACGCUGGGGAACAAGGCGAGGAUGAGAAAGACGAUGAAAGUGAGCUGGAUGAAAAGCUAUCACUCGAAUCAAUCUAA